CUCUCUCUCUGCAAAAACCCUUCCCUCCUGAAAUAAACAAAAAAACCCCUUCUUUUUUCUUCCGUACAAAAACCCCCUCCAUUUCUUUUCCCGUACCGAAAGACCCCUCCUUCCCUCUCCAACGCAAACUCCCUUCAAAACCCAACGAAACAAUUUUAAAUAAUAUAAAAAAUAGAAAAUGUCGGUGGGCCCCACCCUCGAGCUCCGUCAACUGGGCCACACCGGCCUCAGCCUCAGCUGCAUCGGCUUCGGGGCGUCUCCGCUCGGCAAUGUCUUCGGCCAUGUCUCCGAGCCGGACGCCAUCGCGUCCGUCCAUCUCGCCUUCCGCCUCGGCAUCAACUUCUUCGACACUUCACCAUAUUAUGGUGGGACUGUCUCGGAGACGGUGCUGGGGAAGGCCCUUCGAUCUCUCGGGGCGCCGAGGGAGAAGUUCAUCGUGUCGACGAAGUGUGGACGGUACACCGACGGCUUCGAUUUCAGCGCGGACAGAGUCACGAAGAGCAUCGAUGAGAGCUUGGAGAGGUUGGGGCUUGAUUAUGUGGAUAUCUUGCAGUGCCAUGAUAUUGAAUUUGGGGAUCUUGAUCAGAUUGUAAAUGAGACAAUUCCUGCACUUCAAAAGCUGAAGGAGGCUGGAAAGAUCCGAUUCAUCGGUAUUACUGGUCUUCCUUUGGGAAUUUUCACUUACGUGCUUGAUCGAGUGCCACCCGGAUCAGUUGAUGUGAUCCUGUCAUAUUGCCAUUACGGCAUCAACGACUCGACCUUAGAAGAUCUUCUCCCUUACUUGAAGAGCAAGGGUGCGGGUGUCAUCAGUGCUUCUCCGCUCUCGAUGGGUCUUCUCACAGAGAAUGGUCCACCAGAAUGGCAUCCGGCAUCACAAGAACUCAAGUCUGCAUGCCGAGCUGCAGCCGCUCAUUGUAAAGAGAAGGGGAAGAAUAUUUCAAAGAUAGCCUUGCAAUACAGCUUGGCAAAUAAAGAAAUUUCAUCUGUGCUUGUUGGCAUGAACUCUAUAAGACAGGUGGAAGAAAAUGUAGCUGCAGCGAUAGAAGUUGCCACUGUAGGGAAAGAUGAAGAGAUUUUCAAGGAGGUUGAGGCAAUUCUAGAGCCAGUGAAAAAUCAGACGUGGCCAAGCGGCAUUCAAAAGAGCUAGUUUCCCAUUUCUUGAAUAGGGAGACUUCAUUGUCUGAUAUUUAUUCAGCAGAGCUAGUAUGGCAUUUCUCUCCAGCCUCUUGCUAUUUGGAUCUUGACAAAUUAAUCCGUCGUCAAUGAAUGUUUGUAAAAUUAUAACAGAUGAAUAGUUGAUUGAUUGAAGUGUGUACAGGUUAGGCGGUGGGGGCCACAUGUUGGCUGCCUAAGUAUCAAAGUGAGAUCAUUCCAGUUAUGACAUACUGGUCCCCAACUUCUAUUAGGCCAGCAGGUCACAUUUCUUACUCAUAUUGAUAUUUGGUUAUGUUUCGGGUUGGACCUGAAAUGCCCUUAAUUUUUAA